UGUAUGGACCAAAUUAUGCCUGGAUAGUAGACGGGAAUUUUGUUCCAAAAGUACUCUCUCGUCAUUAUUCAAGUCUUAGAGCUAACUUAACGUGCUCAAGAAACGACAUGAUGCAGGCCACAGAUGGUUACAUUUCAAUGAUCCGGUUAAAAACUCUUUCGAACAACACCAGAGCAAUUUCUGGAAUGAGUUCUAAAAGAUUCUGGAGUCAGAUUGGCAGCAUAUCGAAGGGGAAACAGUUUAAAAAGACCGCUGAAUAUGCGUUUGACUCGGCUUGGAUAAUAGCGUUAGCGCUUCAUGGAUGUUUGACCGAAGGAAUGAAGUUUCAAAAUCUUAGAGUCAGGAGUGCUGACGAAGUUAGUCUCAUCAUGAAGUGGAUCAAUAAAACAAACUUCUACGGAAUCACUGGUCUUGUCCGUUUUAAUAAAGAUAAAGAACGAGUAGGAAAACUUAUUUUCAAGCAAAAUAGGAAAGGAGAUAUGAUCAGAAUUGGUUGGAUUUCUACUUCGAAUUUGAUGCGCAUUAGAAUAUUUGAACCUGAGAGAGAAAAAAUAUGGAAAGACAUUAAACCUCCACAGGAUCACACAGACACAGAGCACAAAUUAAUGAUGAUUUCGCUUCCUCUUAUUAUCACUAUGUGUUUUUCUGCCGGUACUGGAGUUGCCCUCUCGCUGGGAUUUCUAUAUUUCAACAUAAAGAACAAAGAAAGCAGGAUUAUCAGAAUGUCUUCUCCGAACCUCAAUAACAUUACAGUUCUGGGAUGCAUCCUUUCUUACGUUUCGGUGAUUCUGUUUGGACUCGAUGCUCGGUUCGUGAACGUGGAGGGCUAUACCAAGAUUUGUAAUGUCCGCACUGUGGUUUUGUCCGUUGGAUAUUCGUUAUCUUUUGGUUCCACGUUCAGCAAAACCUGGCGGAUGUAUAAGAUAUUCACUGCUGGCAUGAGCUCCAAGAAAAUGGCCAUUAAGGAUCGUCAUUUGAUGAUCAUCGUUACAGGAUUAUUGAUAGUUGAUGUCAUUUUCCUGUCCUUUUGGAAUUCAUUUGACCCAUUUUAUACCAAAAUAUUAACAAUCCAAGACAAGAUCCGUAGGGAGCCCGACAUCAUCAAGAUUCCAGCACGGUAUCGGUGUACUUGUCAAUAUGAGACCUAUUUUCUUGGAGUAUUGUUUACCUACAAAGGCCUGCUUCUCUUAUUUGGUCUCUUCUUGGCCUGGCAGACACGCAACGUCACAAUUCCUGCUCUGAACGACUCCAAGUACAUCGGAAUGUCUGUCUAUAACGUGGUCGUUCUGUCCAUUAUUGGUGUAGUGGUAUCCCUUACAUUGGGUGGAGCCCCAAAGUAUGAGGCUCCUUAUGCCAUUCUGUCUCUGUGUCUGAUCCUCUGUACCACCUCGACACUGUUGCUGGUAUUUGUACCAAAAAUUUACCAUUUUUGCAAGAAGAACGAGUUAGCAACGCAUGUUAUCCGUGGCUAUGGCGACUUAGAUCUGAUGGAGGGACAGACCGGCUCGCAAUUUAAAACCAAAGCAACGCAGACGGACCGCGGUGUUCCAAAAAGUGAUGCCCAAGACGUGUCCUUGUCAGACGAAGCACCGAACGAAAUAAACAGCAAACGCGUAGAUGAAAAAAUGGUUGUGGUCUUGCAUCCCCAGACCUGUAGAGUGGCGAUGAAAAAAUGUAUCAAGUCCCGCUCAUCAAGCACAAGAUAAAGCAAAGACGUUACU